AUGGCAGUGGAGGCCAAGGACAUUCCGCCCUUGGAAAGGAUGAGACCCUUCUUCUUUUCCUGGUUCCGAUUUCUUACUGUACCAGGAGGGAAGGGAUGCUUUUAUAUCUUUUAUGGAUCACUGUCGCUGUCUUUGUGGAGGAGCUCUUUCGUCCUAGCCCUUGUGGGCAUAUACACAGCGAGCAUGGGCGUUGUGUGCGUCCUCGUACACUUUGGUAUGAGACAGGAGCUGCAACAACACGGGAUAAGCGUAUCGGAGAGUCCAGGAGAUGAGGUGUCCUUGGGCCAACCCAUUGAGCCCGAGCAUAUCGCCCCACCGGCCUUCUAA